AUGUCUACCUACAAGCAACAAAAGGAGGAUUUCGUAUCCAACCUCACCGGUGGGACGGUUGGCGAGAUUGUCCUCGUCUCAGUGGUCGGAUAUCUGUCUGUUGGUUUAUGGUCAGCACUACAGGCGCGUCAAGCCUUCUUUCAACCUUAUGGCCCCAUCGCAUUGGUCGUUGAUUACUUCCUCAAUGUCGUAGUCAUGCUGCUUGCAAUGACCCUCUACGCGAAUUCACUCAUCAAACUUUGUCUUCUUCUUGUUGCGCCCAUAAUUUUGAUUUUGGUGCUUCCCCCAAAACGGCCUGCAACGAGACGGAGGCCCCGGGUUCCAUCCAAUGCUGAUGCGAAGCGCAUUUCAAAGCAACUGAAUCCUUUGCCUUUGAAACCAUUCUUAACCGUCUAUCGAUCCUUUAUGAUGACCAUGACCUGUGUCGCGAUUCUUGCCGUCGACUUUCCUCUCUUUCCGCGGCGUUUUGCCAAGGUCGAGACCUGGGGCACGUCUCUCAUGGACAUCGGAGUCGGUUCUUUUGUCUUCACAGCCGGUAUGGUUGCCGCCAGACCUGUUCUGAAGGACCGCGCCUCCGGUCGUCAAACCGGAUUGGUGUCUCGUGUUAUGAGUUCAUUCCGCCACUCUAUCCCCUUACUUAUUCUCGGGGUGAUCCGGAUGAUAAGCGUCAAAGGUCUAGACUACGCAGAACAUGUUUCUGAAUACGGCAUACAUUGGAAUUUCUUCUUCACCUUGGGCCUGCUCCCUCCUUUUGUGGCGGCAUCUCAAGCCGCCUUGACCAUUAUUCCGUCAUAUGCCGCCUUAGCGCUCCUCAUCAGCGGAACCUAUCAACUACUCCUCGAAACAACAGAGUUAAAAGCCUUCGUGCUCACUGCACCACGGACCAAUAUUAUCUCCAUGAACAGAGAAGGAAUUUUCAGCUUCCUCGGCUACCUGGCCAUAUUUCUUGCCGGCCAGGACCUGGGCAUGUUCAUCAUUCCCAGGAAGUUGAACCCUAGAAGCAACGCCACGGCAGGUGUCCAGCGAAACACCCUUCUUCUGACUCUGGCGGUCUGGUUCUUCGUCUGGUCGGGGCUCUAUUUGUUGUCUACCGGUUAUUCUUUCGGCCUUGGACUGGGCGUCUCGCGCCGUCUGGCCAACCUACCCUACGUUUUGUGGGUGGCUUCAUACAAUACAGGCUCCGUCCUUGCCUUCUGCAUCAUCGACAGCAUCUUCUUCCCGGCAUUCUAUAACGCCACGGAUACGAGGACCGAGACCGACGCGUAUCUCACAGCCACAAGUCGUGUGCUGCGAGCCUUCAACCGGAACGGAUUGGCCAUCUUCUUGGUCGCCAAUCUCCUGACCGGGCUUGUCAACAUGACUGUAAAUACCCUAGAGGCGUCUCCUCUCAAGUCUGUUGGCAUACUCAUUGCCUACACUGCAUCUAUAUCCGCAUUCGCUCUCCUUCUUGAUGAAUGGGGAAUCUCGAUCAAACUUUAA